AUGAUAUUCCAAAAUAUCAAAAAAGACGCAAAAGAUAAAGAUCUUAAUGUACAGGAAAAUCGUGAAAAUAUAUCGCCAGACCCGGAACACGAAGAAACCAACAAUAAUAGGUCGUCUUUAGACAGCCGGAUAUUAGAUGACGGUCGGUUUUGCUUAUUUGGUUAUUUAGUUGCCUUGAUUUCUGAAGCUGAAAUAUUUAAAAAAGCAAACGGCAGCAAACAGUUUCCGAUUGGACUACAUUUAGCUAUAGUUCUGUAUCGUUUGGGCUCUUCAGAAGAGAGUGCGUCAAUUAGGAAAGUAGCAACUACUUUUGGAAUUGGCGAUGGUGCAACUUUGAUGAAAAUUACACAAAGAAUUUUUAGUGUUUUUAUAACACUAUUGACGAAGUACAUCGUAUGGCCAAGCUCAUCAGAGCAGGAACAAAUAAUAAGUGACACGUACAAUGAAUUACCGUUUUGCAUUGGCUAUAUCGAUGGCACCGAAAUAAAAAUUGCAGAUGCACCACAAAUUAAUCAUGAAAAAUAUUUUUCAAGAAAUCACAUUUAUUCCAUUAAACUUCAAGCUGUUUGUGAUUACAAAUUAAGAAUAAGAGAUGUUGUUGUUGGUUAUGCGGGCUCGACUCACGAUGCUAAAGUUUUUUCGAACUCAAUACUUUUAAAAGAAAAAGAUCGAUUUUUUUCUAAUCAAUCAUGGAUUGCUGGUGACUCCGCAUAUCCGUUGUCUGAUAUCAUUAUACCACCAUAUAGAAGAAACUCACAGCAACUUACCAGUGAAGAACGAAUUCAGUUCAAUAAACGCCAUAGUAAAUAUCGAGUUCGGGUGGAACAUUGUUUUGGGUUAUUGAAGGAAAAAUUUAGUAGCUUGAAAGAACUAAGAGUUCGAAUUAAAAAUAACAAAAGUCAUAAAUUUUGUUGUGAAAGGAUACUUGUGUGCUGUAUUCUUCACAACAUAUUGCUUACUGAAUUUGAAAGUCAAAGCCGUGAAGAAAUACAUAUUUCUGCAGAGGAAGAUCUUCCUGAUAUGUUACUCUAUAACAACGAAUCUAGUGCAUAUGAAAGUAAAAGAAAGUCAAUUUACAAUCUUAUGUUUAAUUAA